AAUACAUAAAUAAUAAUAAUUGUAAAUAACGUUCGAUUCGGCAACAAACGACGACGACAAACCAUAGCUGAAAAAAAAAACGAGAGAGAGACACCCGCAAAAAAAAAAUGGGAAAUGCUUUAGGUCAAUGUUGUCAUCUCUAACACAAAAUCGAUAAGCACAUCAAAAUAGAGACACACACACAAAAAAAAGUAAUCAAGUCGAAAGCAAUUAAAACAACGCCAAGAUGUUUCUAAUCUACCUUCUCGUGUCAAUCACGUUUGCCGUGGUAGUUGGCUGCCCAUCGGAAAUGUGUCUGUGCAAAUGGAAAGGCGGCAAACAAACUGUCGAAUGUGGCGGCAAAUAUCUCACACGCAUUCCCGAUGGCAUGGAUCACGGCACUCAAGUCCUCAACUUUAGCGGCAACAGCUUGACAAUUCUCCAGAGCGAACGCUUCAUGAAAAUGAGCUUAACGAACUUGCAAAAAAUCUACCUGGCACGAAAUCAAAUUUUCAAGAUUCACGAUCGCGCCUUUCAGGGCCUCACAAAUUUAGUCGAACUAGAUCUCAGUGAAAAUGUCAUUAGUCAAAUUCCGACGGAAUCUUUUGUUGACUAUGCGUCACUUAUGCGUCUCAUACUCAACGGAAAUCCAAUUAAGGAAAUACGGAUGGCGGCAUUUCGACAUCUCACGUAUUUGGCGACACUCGAAAUGAGUAAUUGCCAAGUCGAAGUAGUGCAUGACGGCGCAUUCAUCGGGUUAGAUAGCAUCGAAUGGCUACGUCUCGACGGGAAUCGCAUCCAAACGAUUCAAGGUAGUAACAUACUGCCAACGACGCUGCAUGGCAUCAAUUUGCAAGGCAAUCGAUGGAAUUGCGAUUGUAACUUGAUUGACAUUCACACGUGGCUAAAUCGGUUCAAUGUGCCGCAGCAGGAAGAACCAAAAUGUCUAUCGCCCACGAAAAUGUCGGGGCGCGUGAUAAAACACGUAAAAGUGGGCGAACUCGCAUGCAUGCCCGAAAUUGAGCCAAAUGCCUUUUUUAUCGAAGUGUCUGAGGGACGCAAUCUAUCGUUGAAAUGCGUAAUUAAAGGCACGCCUGAACCCGACAUCUCGUGGUGGUUUCAGGGACAACUAAUUCAAUCGACAAACGAAACAUUAAUGACGCCAGAUGGCGAUUCACAUUUGUUCUAUGACAUCAUAGGGCCCAAUGGCACGAACAAAACGUGGCAUAAACAAACAAUUUUGUACAUAAACGACGUGAGUGCUGACAACAAUGGGACUUAUGUUUGUGUCGCCGAUAAUGCGGGCGGGAGAACUGAAGCCAACUUCACCGUACGAGUUGUGAUAAAAGAAGAACCCAUUGUCGAACAAGUUACUUUUCCGUACGAGUAUUUUGUGUUACUCGGCGUUGGCGCCAUCUGCAUCGUCGUGAUAUUUUUGUUGACAAUUUGCAUUCUCGUGUGUCGCUGUCGCCAAAAGACCCAGACAAGUCGCAAACGGAAAAAAGAUCUUGCCUUUCAGCUGGAUGCGACGGGACAAAAAUGCGCUUCUAUUGCGGCAAAUGAUGUCGAUAUGAAUGACACUCUAACGUGCUCCAAACUGAAUGGCAGCAUUUUAAUUACCGAUAAUAAUCCGCAGGAGAUGAUGUUGUACAUAGCAGCGAGUAAUUCGCAAAAUAUGAAUGUUAGUGAUGUUCCCCUAGGUUUAGGAAUUAGUAAUAGCGGCAAUAAUAAUUCGUCGCAGUACGUGAUGUCGUCACGUGGUAAUCAUCCAACGAUCGAUCCGAAUCCCGAUCUGAUAAACGACGCCGAAGCACGUGGCAUUAAAAACGAUUCGGAUUCAGAUAAAACUGAAACGAGUGCAGCGCCCUCAUCGGCUGUGCCAUGUACUACGAAUGACAUGCAGGAAUUUUUGCCGCCGCCCGGGUAUGGCGUGCAACUUGUGAGACCGAUUCCCGCGCGAUUUAAUACCGGAACACUUCCUCGAGGAGUUCCGCGUGACAUGUAUCAACAUCAAGUCGAUGUUCAUUUGAAUCCGGGAUGUUUCCUUGACGCCAAUGGAUAUCCGUUGACCGAAUAUGCAUUUAGUAAACCAAUUCCUAUGAACGCGAAUAACGCGCCUGUAAAUUAUUACCGUACUUUGCCCCAUAAAAAGCAUCAUCAACAAAAUACCGUUCGGUUUUCCGAUACGGAGUUCCUGACGCAACAAACCCAAACGUGUCAAACGUACGCUCCCGAUGUACGGUAUACCGUUCAAGGGUAUCCUUAUGUGCCAGUUGCUAUACCGCUUCCCACAGACACGAGUAAUUUCCCGUCGCCGCCCGAAGGAUACAAAACCGAAGUUACGCAAGUGACAACGUCUUAUUGUAUCAGUCCCACGUCGCAAUUACAACAACAACAACAAUGGCCUUCCGUUCUUCCGGGCUUUACGCAACAAAAUGCCUCCCAAAUUAUCCCGAUCAAGACACAAAAUGCUCACGAAGCCACAAAACGAUAUUCGGCAGCGUCACAAACCAUAUCGCCGUCGCCUACCCCGCCUCCCCCCUCAUCAGCUGUACAGAAAAAAUCAAUUAGUGCUCAAACGUCAGACACAACGACAAAUUGCGCGAUGCCCGAAUUACGGGAGGAAGAAGACGAAGAAGAGGAGGAAAGUCAACAACAACAACAAAUGAAACAUUUAUCGGGUCCGUUGGCGGAUAGUCCGGAUGAGGGAUAUGUUGGCGAUAGUCAAGAUACUUGUUCCGACAUAUGACAUCAGCAGCAACAGCAGCAGCAGCUACAACAGAAAAAACUCGUACCACAAAAAACAGUCACAUUUCAAGAGCCACUAAAGUCUGAUGAU